AUGCGCCCGUGGAAUGAAGAGAAGAGGAACCUUUCCCUGGGGGGCCAUGUCGGCUUCGACAGUCUCCCCGACCAGCUGGUCAGCAAGUCUGUCACACAAGGCUUCAGCUUCAACAUCCUCUGUGUGGGUGAGACUGGCAUUGGGAAAUCCACGCUAAUGAAUACCCUCUUCAACACCACGUUUGAGACGGAGGAAGCCAGUCACUAUGAGAGUGCAGUUCGCUUGCGGCCACGGACCUAUGACCUGCAGGAGAGCAACGUCCACCUGAAGCUAACGAUUGUGGAUGCGGUUGGAUUUGGGGAUCAGAUAAAUAAAGAUGAAAGUUACAGGCCGAUAGUUGAGUACAUUGAUACGCAGUUUGAAAACUAUUUGCAAGAAGAGCUGAAAAUCCGCCGGUCCCUCUUCAACUAUCAUGACACGAGGAUUCACGUCUGCCUGUACUUCAUCACCCCAACCGGGCACUCGCUCAAGUCCUUGGACUUGGUGACAAUGAAGAAGCUGGAUAGCAAGGUGAACAUCAUCCCGAUCAUUGCCAAAGCGGACACCAUCUCCAAGAGCGAGUUGCACAAGUUCAAGAUAAAGAUCAUGAGCGAGCUGGUCAGCAACGGCGUGCAGAUCUAUCAGUUCCCCACAGACGACGAAGCGGUCGCCGAGAUCAACUCCGUGAUGAACGCCCAUCUGCCCUUCGCUGUGGUUGGCAGCACGGAGGAGGUGAAAGUUGGGAACAAGCUAGUGAGAGCCCGGCAGUACCCGUGGGGAGUGGUGCAAGUGGAGAAUGAAAGUCACUGCGACUUUGUGAAACUGCGGGAAAUGCUGAUUCGAGUCAACAUGGAGGAUCUUCGGGAGCAGACUCACACCCGCCACUAUGAGCUCUACAGGAGGUGCAAACUGGAAGAGAUGGGCUUCAAGGACACGGAUCCGGACAGCCAGCCCUUCAGCCUCCAAGAAACAUAUGAGACCAAAAGGAAAGAGUUCUUGGGCGAGCUCCAGAAGAAAGAGGAAGAGAUGAGACAAAUGUUUGUUAACAAAGUCAAGGAGACAGAGGCAGAGCUGAAGGAGAAGGAGAGAGAGCUGCAUGAGAAGUUUGAGCACUUAAAAAGGAUACACCAGGAAGAGAAAAGGAAGGUGGAGGAGAAGAGGAGGGAGCUGGAGGAAGAGAUGAAUGCCUUCAACAGGCGGAAAGUAGCGGUGGAAACCUUGCAGUCCCAAUCCUUGCAGGCUACCUCACAGCAGCCGCUGAAGAAGGACAAAGACAAGAAAAGAUCAGUAAUAACAGGAAACCAAUCAGGAGUCAGCCUCUCCAGCUCCAAGGUGAUGAUCACCAAAGCCAACGUGGAGCCCUUAAACUGCACCAGUUGGUGGCAAGCCAUACAGUGCUGUAGCUGUUUGGUCAAGAGCGCGACGUGGCGGGGAGGGUUCACCUGAGGCAGCGCGUGUAGUAGAUGGGGCCAGUUGGACAUCACCAUGGCGUGGAACUGGAGAGAAGAGAAAGUGUGUAUAUAUAUAUAUAUACAUAUAUAUAUAUUUAAAAAAAAAAGCAGAGGUCAGUGAACUUUGUCUGUUUUCAUAUGUUAUCAACCAGAAGUACAGACUAAUUUCAUCUCGUAUCAGGAAACUUAAAGGGUUUCCCCCCGCCCCCCCUUUUUUUUGUGUGUUUUGUGUUUGUACUUGCCAAUCUUCAAACUGGGUUUUUUUGAGCUUAUAAUGAAUGUACAAGGUCUGUGUUUCCGAACAAUUUCUGAAGUUCCUACGUUAUCCAGAUAUUGCUAUCCAGGAGAUUCAGUUCAGGCCAGCAGACACGAACAGAGUAAACCCCGUAAUGACGACCGCGCUCUGAAUUUACUGAGGGAACAAGCACCUAAGAAAGGCAGUUUUCACAAUCAGCAGCCCAAGAUGGCUUAAUAUUUGCACAUAACCUUAAAAAAAGGGAUCCAGGAUGUG